AUGGGCGUGCCACCUCCCUGGGUAGGGACUGGCCUGGUAUAAAUUUCUCUGACUCUGGUGGCAGGCUGCAUCUGAUCAAGCUCCAGUCACACCAUAGGCAGCAGGGUCUCAGGAAGGGCCAUGGCAAAGGGAGCAACCAGCAAGUGCAAUCAUUCUCUCACUCUGAGCCUUUUGGUUCUGCUGAACUCUCUGGGCACCAUGCAGGUAGAUGGUACAGACUCUCUAAGUUGUAACUUCACUGUCCAGUAUAAAGUCUCACUUGGACAAUGCUCAGUGAAUGGAAUGACUGUCCUUUGUUUUGACGAUGUAAGGCAGAACUCACCUGUGUGUAAAACUGAAAAGAAGGGAAAUGCUACUAAGCUGUGCAAUGAUUUGAACCAAUGCCUGAGUUACAGUUUUUAUGAAAUGAUGAAGCUGGAGUCAGGGCUAUUCGAAUCCAAGGGUAAUCACACCUUGCGGGUCACUGUACAAUCUCAAUAUAAUCAAGGAGAAUUCAUGGAUGGAUGCUGGGCCUUCAUGAUUGAUAGACAGUAUCCCUUCUACUUUUAUCCAAAAAAUAUGACCUGGAGAGAAAAUCAGCCUAAUGCUAUCAAGACCAUGAGUCAAUGGGAGAAUAACAGGGAACUAUUCCAAAGUCUCAAGUUCCUCUCCACGGGAGAUUUCAGUCUGUGCCUCAAGAAAUUGUUGACAGACUCCAGAGAAUUGACAAGAUCGACAAUAAAGGCACCAGAUACCACCCAACCUACAUCUACCACCCAGAGUCCAUCUACAGGGAAUAGCACCCCAGCCAUGUCUUCCAACCAGAGUCCAUCUACAGGGAAUAGCACCCAACCUACAUCUACGACUGAUUAUCUAAUUGUAUUUGAGUUUACAGCAAUCUUCCUUGCAUUGAUCGUGGUUUCUAUGGAAAAAAAAAAGGUGCUUCCUGCUGCUCCCCUUCCUCUUCAGUAUGAACUUCAGUCCCCAUCACCAGCUGUAUUGGAGGAAUCUUGAACAUAUUUCUGUGGCUUCUCCAGCAAAGGAACAUAUUUCUGAUGACAUCUCAGAAAACCUUGCUGCUGACUUUGAACCAGACUGGUAGGAACUCAGGAGACUGAUCGCUGUCAGAGCCUCACCAACCAGGGCAUCAGGGUGCACUAGGCUGUUGCUGUGAUGACUUACUCUUGCUCUGAUAUUCUUCUGUCUGACACUUACCUGAUAGCACUGCAGAGCUGAAGCUCGGCAUGGCUCUCAAUUACUCCUCACUGCGUAAAACAAGGACUUGCCCUGGGUGACUCCAUUUUACAAGCUGCAGUUGGCUCCCUCCUGAGUGCAAUGCAGACAUUGGAGGACAUGACACCUCACUUUACACAGAGACACAUGCCCACCCAUUUCCCUCUCUGGUGCAGAGGCUGAUAAUUACCUUACUCCACAAAGUAAAAAUAUGUCGCCUCCACAGCUAUCAAAAUAGGUGGGAAGCAGUGCACACAAGUGCAUCUCAAACCACAUCAGAAACUGGCUCUGAGGAUUUAUCUCACCCUCGCCUGGAGCCCUGAAGAGGCCACCUGAUCCUGCAAAAGUUAUGUCACCCCAAACUUGUCCCCUGGCUGUUUGUGUCAGGGAACCUGCAGACAGAGAACUCCUGGCCAUCUUAAGCCCUCAGCUCCACCCACACUGCUAAUGUCUCCUCCUUGAAUCACUGUCUCACAGCUCAUCUGCUGCUCAUGCUAAUGUGGGUCUGCAUCUCACCUGCUGGAUCCUCAGUCCUGCACCUCACCUGUGUAGUUCACUCAGUGUUGAGGCCUGGUGCAGCCCUGCAGCUCUCCAUGAGCUCCCUUCACAGCUCCUCUAACCUCCUGCAUUGAGUCUGUCUGUGUGUCUGUUAUCCCUCUGUCUCUGCCUCCUGUCUGGUCACUUUACACUCUAAUGGCUAAUUGUUCACUCUUCUGCAGCCAUUCUGUGAUCUAAGUCCAUAAGAUAACUGUGUGGUGUUCAAUGUGUGAUCUGAGAGUUUAUAUUAGUAAUUUUCUCUGUAGUCAAAAAGCCCAGGUUGGCCAGGAGCCAUUUGUCAAAGAUAAUUAGGACGUCUUGGCAAUUACAGUCAGCGAAUUGGAUGGAGCUGGUAAAUUAAGACAUAGAUGCGAGUACCUGUUUUCCUAGCAUAACUCACUUAUUCCGGAUUUCAUUCAUAAUACUUUAACCAAUUAAUGAGUAAACUGUCCAUUGGGAGAGAAAUUAGGAAUACCCAACAUUUUCAAACAAAUGAAAUGCUCAAAGAAAUUCAUCAUCCCUUUGAAACCCUCGUCAACAGGGACUAUGCUUGCUCCCCUGACCCAGUGCCUGCCUCACAGCACUGUGAAACCUCACACUGUGCAGCGUGAGAUCUGAUCUCUGUUUAAGAACAGAGGUGCAUUCCCUCAGCCUCUCAAGAGGGGUGUGUCAGCAAAAAUAAAAAACAAAGUGGAAAAGGAAGUAAGCAAACCUCAGAUCACACAUCAACGAUAAUUAAUGUAUAUGAUGGGCAUAUCAGUGUACUCUACUUCGAAUUUAUACUGUGUGAAAGAAAGCAAAGGGAAAUGCUGACAUCCAUAAGGAAGAUGAAUGACAGACAAUGGGAUGUUAAAUCCUCAAACAGUGACGCCUCUAGGGACACAUAGGACCAUAGACUGGAGUACGAACACACGACUAUAACCGUCCUAGGCUAGAGUGCACUGACAUGCCAGGAACUACCAGGGGCCAUGGAAUAGGCAUAACAGUGUCACAUUCAGUGACUGAAAAUUCUAUAUACAUUUUAGUAAGGAACAAGGGACAAAGAGCGAACUCAGUCAUACAGUCCCUGCUCUUUCCAUGUAUGAGGACCUGACUUUUCUCCUCAGAACCCAUGCACACUGUGGUGGCACAUGCUUCUAAUCACUGUGCAGGGGACAGCAAGAGAGACGUGCAUCUCUGGGGCUUCCUCCUCAGCCAGUGUAGUUGAAUUGGUGAGUUCCAGUAGGACUGACUCAAAACACAGUACAUUGCAUCCAUGGCAUUCUGAGAAGUGACAUCCAGAGGUAAAGUGUAGUCUCCGUGAGUAUAUGACCGAGCAUGCCCACAUGUGUAUAUACACAUGAGAAAAUGAUAGACACUGUGGACACAAACACAGCUAGAGACUUCUCCAGAGGCAAUUCUCCAGAGAGGGAAUGGGUGUUUUAUAUACUAGUUAUGCAACAUUACCUGGCCUUUUUAUAAGAGGCAAACAGCUGAUAAUUUCUUUGGUAAUAAUUUUCAUAGACUAUCGUUCAACUACUGGCCUUUGGUUCUAGGGUUGGGUAGGAUUCACCCUCUCGUUGUGUGAGGUAUCAUGAGAAACUGAGUCAGAAUCUAAGCAUUAGACUCUGGUUAUUAAAAGAGGAUGUUAUGAUUUUACUUUUGACGGGAGAACUCUUUGCAUCUGCAUUGCUGUCCUGAAAGCUGGGCAGAUCAUGUCAUCAAUGGAUGAUACAAAUGCUUCCUUUUGGAAGGGGCGUAUUGCUGAGAAUGGUACAUUGCGAGCCCGGUCUGGGGUUGUUGAACUCUCCUGGGUUCAUACGACCAUAAAACUUAUGAAGGAUAACCCUACAUUUAGGAGAGGGGAAGGGUGAUUGUUACAUGAUGUUGACAUCACUCAGAGUUCAAGUGGUCCUCGGUGCUUACUGUAGGUGUCGGUGUAGAUGGUAGUGAUGGCUCAUCCUGCCACAGCACUAACUCCAUCACAGUGACUUCUAAUCUAGACCAUAGACAUCAUACUGGAGGGUUAAGUGAGACCAGACAAAGUCACCAAAGAGUUAAAACCAGAAAUAGGCUGUGAGCAGGAAUAAAUAAUUGUAACCCACAGUGAUCAAAGGGGCAACUACCUUUUUUUUGGUUUCAAGACAGGCAGGAAGUAUGACAAUAGAAACUGACAAGCAGCAGAAAUCCCAGAAAUGGAGAAAUAAGGGCUUCAUAACCUGAUAUAAGGGCCUCGGAUUAAAUCCUGUUGUAAUUUUGGCUUCUUCUUUUUCUGGAAGGUUUAAAACUCUGCACACAGAAAACCAGUCCAUGCUUUGUGCUUUGCAAAAUAGGUUUAGAUGCACAACAUUAUCAAGUCUCACACUGUCGUUGGUUAAUGUGCCUUUUCACACCCAGCUUCAAUACCCUGGUGACAUAUAUGUGGUGGUUGUAUAAUGCAAUAUUUCCUGUUUUCCCCACAAAUUUAAAUUAUGUAAUGUGUCAAAUUUGCUUGCAUUUGAUGAAUUAAAAAAAGUGAAUUAAGUUUGUAUAUUCUCUAGCUUUUUUAUCAGUCAAUUUUCAUUAAACACUUUGGGGGAAGGACAUUAUAUCAUGUAAACAUUUCCACAUACCAUCUAUUUGAAGGCAGAAAACAGAUACUUCAAAUCACAUACUCAGGGGUCAACUCUGCCACACCACAAAACAACACACACACACACACGCACACACACACACACACACACACACACACACACACACACACACACUAGAUUCCAUAUGUGAAUAGGAGUUCACAGAAAAAUGUCGACAUACACAAGUUAGUCAACUAAGUCAUCCUCAAAGAUGUGAAAUGCUGGAAUGCCACAGGUCCCAAGUUAUAUUGUCUUCGGCCACCUUUAGUCUGCUUAGGUCCCUUGUGGCUAUUAGAUACAGCCUUAGAAUUUAUGAAUGACCCUCAAGAUUUUACCAAUGUAGUAGCUAAGAAUUUUAUCAGACAGACAUGUUAUA